AUGACUGGCCACGCCCUCACUUUUCGCACUGAGAUCGCAGACCAGGCAGUUGCAGUUCGUGCCGAAUUAAAGGUCUGGGAAAAAGAGUUCGCGUCAACGCACGGCGGGAAAAAGGCUGGCCGAGACGACAUCAAACAGAACCACGAAAUUGCUGCGAAAUACAAAGAGUAUACCCGACUUAAAAAUCUCGAGGCUUCCCUGGCCCGACGCGAAAAUCGUCGACAAGAACACCCUGAAAGCCACUCCAAAAAGCGAAAAUAUGCGUCGCCUCCUGGUCCAGCUGGAUCGCAUAUCAAAGGAACUCCGCGCAAGUCAUCCAAAGGACUCUUUGCGACUCCAUCCAACAACCGCACCAAAGAGAUCCAUCCCUCGCAGCUAGAUCCCUACGACUCGCCCUCGACCUUCCGCAGACUGUUCAGUCCCAGCACACACCGGCAAAGUCUUCCCGCACCGUCUCCUUUGAAAGCAGUCAUUGGCCCUACGCCCCAGCGCGAUGGUAAAACCCUCGGUCUAUUCGAUAUGCUGUCCGAGUCAGGCGGAAGUCAUGCGACACCCUCCGCAAAGAAGCAAAAGGAUAUGCUAGGAGCAGGAUUCCAAACUCCUUCCAAGCGCAAGACAUUCGAACCCAUCGCAGAAGCCCCAGAUGAGGAGGAGGAAAGCUCCAGAUUGUCGCGCACCCCAGCAUCUUCAACGAAACAAUUCUACCUAGCCAAUCUAUUCGCAACCCCGACCACAAUGCGUUAUGCCGCCAUGGUAGAGGCGGAAGACGAGAAAGCAGACCAGCGAAAUGCAUCACUAUCAGCAGCCGCCGCGUCACCAGAGCCACAUCCUUCAGAAACACCAUCUUUCCUCCGCCGCUCCAACUUCAACCGCCUCCCUCCGCUCACACACAACAACAGCGGUGGCCUUAGUCCAAUCGCGUCUAGAAAACCAGUCCAAUACGCCGGAAGAGGCCUCUCGCACAUUGUCCAAGGUCUUCGCGCAAUGGAAGAAGAACGUAACGACGAUGAAUGGGACAUGCUCCGCGAAUUAGAAACAGAACAAGAAGCCGUCAACAUGGCCCCAGAAGACCACUACCCGGAACAAAAGGGCAAGCCAUAUAAGAAGAAGGGCCAGAAGCGCACGACUCGCCGAGUCAUCAUGCGACCCGUUGCGCCUCGUCCCAAAUCAAAGCCGGAGGCUGCACCCGUCGACGAUAGCGAUGAUGAAGUUGUAGCUAUUCCUGAGACACAGCUUGCAGAUUCCAAGGGCGAGGAGCAAGGGAUCGAGAUCCCCGACGAUGUUGCUUCUUUGCAUAGCAUCGAAGCUGAAUCGGACUAUGGGACUGAGCCUGAUAUGGACUCGGAUGACGAUCCUGGAUUGAAUGAGCGGCCUAAGCCAUUGGCGAGGGCGAAGAGCUUCUCGGAACGCAUCAAGGAGGCUGUAGGCUUUAUGCCGAAGGCUAAGGUAGUACCGGUGAAGGCCCCAGAGCCUGAGACAGACGACAAGGAGGAGAAGACGAAGCCUCCUAAGAAGGUCAAUCCCCAGGCUCAUGCAAACUAUCGCUCAUUGAAGAUUCAUCGAGGGAGGGGGAGGGGCGGGGGACGUUUCCGGAGGAAAUAA